CAGGUCCUUGUCUUGAUAAAUCUUAUCAUUUUUAUGUCCCUUUGGUUUAGUGUAACUAUGGCUGCCUAUACUAUGUUACAAUAUGUAGAAGAAGCUGCCGAAUGAGUCAAAAGUAGGAUACUUGUUAGACAAUGAUCAUCGUCUGAAAUGAAGCGCUUUAAUAAGAGUAUAGAACAAAUGGCUCGAUCAUGAGAAGAAUAAUGGCAACAGCAGCCAAUGCCAGCUCAAAAAUGAAAGGUAUAAUUAUAAUAAAUAAUUAGAGUACGAGUACGGAGUGUGCCUUGCCCUAUUUAGUCUUUAGUAUGAGCAAGUAAUGAAUGUGAAUGAUUAAUGAAUUCAAUGGAUGGGAUCCAACGAGGCUUCCAGUAAUUUAAACCUAUUGCCAAAAUGCCCAAAUGAACUAAUUUAAUGUGAUCAAUAGUUAAUAGUAUCAAAGUUAAGACUGAGCUACAUGAUCUUUAACUUUUAACUGAAACACUAUCACUAAAAAAAAAAAUAUACAUAUAUUUUUUUCUGUUUGAAAUACAAUAUUCUCUUUAGUAGAUUUAGUAGAAACUACUACUACUACUUAUUAAUAACAUACAUCGGGGUACUACCGUUUGGCUACACGUCUUUAGUUUAAGUUGAUUUUUUUUAUUAAGUGCAAAGUGUGCCAAUACCAAAUAUACCCCUUAAUUUCUGAAUUGACUGUGUGAAUCAAGUUAGUGAAUCCUAAUUAACUUAAACUUUUACUUUUAUCUCACUGAACUUACUGACACUUUACACAUCAUCAUUUUAGCCACUUUGCUGAAAACAAAUUUAAUCCUUACACUCUUAUACUUAGGGGCUAUCCAUAAAUGAUGUUGCGCAAAUUUUGCAGAUAUUUAACCCCCCCCCCCCCCCCCCCCCCCCCCCCCCCCCCCAUCCCUCAUCUCAAAUUGUAAUGAAAAAUUUCCCUAAAACAGUGGUUCUUAACCAGGGGUGAAAGCAUUUCGGGGGUGCAGAAGACCCAGAAAAUGGUAUUUGGUGCCAAUGCUAGUUGUGGCAGCUUUUUUUUUAAAAUGAGUUUUUAUGGAGUAUGAUCAGCAACAGUAAAUUUUUUGUGUUUUUGCACAUUAUUUAUAUUGGUGCAUUUUUUGUUUCUUUUUCUAGAAAGUUAAAUAAAGUAAUAAAACUAAUAACUUAAUUAUUUUAUUAUUUUCAUUAAUUAAAAAAAAAUUACUAUCAAUUUCUUUGACCUGCGAAAAGGGGGCGUGGGGGUAGUUUGUGGGAAAUGUGUUGAAAUUGAGAGGGGAUGCAGCACUCUAGAAAGGUUACAAAUUCAUGCCCUAGAACAUUUACUAAGAUUAUUUCUUCACUCUAUGUCAACCAUUUUUCAUUCCAUCCCACUUGACGUCUUCACAUUUCUACAUUCAUUCUUAUAACUGUCAUUGUCAUUACACCCCCAUUCUUCUACUCCAUGGCGUCCUAUAACUUAAUCAGAGCUAGUUUUCCAACCUCGCACACCUGUAUUGAUUCUCUCAGUAAUAACAGUGAUCAUAGUUUAUUCUUUUAUACAAAAAUUAUAAUCCUAUUUUUUUAUUUUUAAACUCUUAUGUUAAAAGGUCUGUAAUUUAGUGUUAUUCAGUGUAUUUUUUUUCAAUAAGGAUCAAGUUUUUUAUGUGAUGUCACAUUUGCGUAACCUCCCCCUCGUCACUUAUCGUUACAAGAAUGUGACCUUCCUCCCCCCAAGAUGCAUGGAUGACCCUUAGUAUUUAUGAAAACAAAAUAUAUUGGUGAUGUGAGUGAAUAAGCUCUUGGUUUUUUUUUAAUAGUAAAUAGAAUUAUAACACUAUUUAAUCUGUAAUUUUUGCAGGACAGAUUAAAUCAGGGCAGCUUGACGAUAAAUCACCAUCUCUUAGCCCCAGUCCUCCUCGUGCCAGGAGAUAUGGAAGUAAUGGGAGAAGUGGAAAUCAAUCUGAUUCUGACUCUGGCAUAACAACUGGCAUACGUGACUUAAAUGUUGGACAGCGAUCCAGAACACCUACUAAGCAUUUUGAAACUCGGUAAGAUAUUUUCUGUAAUUGUAAAAUACUAUCUCAAAAUUUAAAAUACUUUUUUGGGAUUAAUAUAUUCAAAAUCUAUUUGUAAUGUUUUAAAAUUGUAAAUGUGCAGCAGGACGUUUUGUGCUAAUGGAAGCCGAGUCAUUCUCAGAAAUUUACAAGAUGUUGCAAAUAUGCUGAAAGAUGAACAGGCCAAAAAUGUUGUCAUUGUUGCAGGAGCUGGAAUUUCCACUCCAAGUGGUAUUCCAGAUUUCAGGUGAGUAUUUAAACAAAAUAAUUGUUGAUUAAAUUUUCCCAUAGGUAAAUUAUAAAAGAUGUAUUUUUUACUGCUUGGUAUUGUUUACUACAAUGUCUUGAUUGUAAUAUACGCUAAACACAUAUGUAUUUUUACUGGUGCAUAAAAAUAUUGCAAUAUUUACUGUAUAAUUCUGUAAUUUAUGCUUUCAUAAAUUCAUUUGUUAAGGACUCCAGGUACUGGUCUCUAUGAUAACCUCCAGCGUUACAAUGUACCCUACCCAGAAGCCAUCUUUGAUAUAGAUUUUUUUCAUCACAACCCUCGCCCAUUUUUUACUUUGGCAAAAGAGUUGUAUCCUUCGGGGAAGUACAGACCAAACUACAUUCACUAUUUUGCUAGAUUGCUAAAUGACAGAGGCAUGCUGCUGAGAAUGUACACUCAAAAUAUAGAUGGUUUAGAAAGAUGUAAGUUAAAUUUUUAUUCAACAUAAAAAAAUUAAUUUGUAAUGAUUUUUUUAAAAACUUAAAUUUGAAUAACUGUUAAAAUAAAGAGUGCAAACUUAGAUUUACAUACUGGUACAAAAAAAUAUGUUAAGAAAUGCAUUAAAAAUAUCAACUUUAUCUGUCUGUAACAGUGGCUGGUGUCCCUCCAGAUAAAUUAGUAGAGGCUCAUGGAACUUUUUCAACAGCUUCUUGUGUAGUAUGUCAUGAAAAAUAUAGAGGAUCAGAAAUUAAGGUAUUCUUAUUAGUACUGUCUUUCUGGCAUUGGUUCUGUAUUGUCAUUAUGUUUAAUUUGGUUAUUAAAUUUAAACAAAAAAUUAAUAUAUUAAAUAAAUAUAAAUCAAUAUAAUUUCUAUUUUUCUGAUUUAUAUAAUUUAUAAACCUGUAACAUUUUUUCCCCUCUUAGGGAUGACCUAAAAUGCAUUAGAUGUUUAGCCUUUAUUAAUCAAAUUAGAAUUAAAGGUCUCAUUUAAUAAGGGGGCAUCCAUAUAUGACCGUCAAUCACCUGUGGAGGGGGGGGGGGUCCACCAUUGGAUGAUGGUGUGUGUUAAAGUGUCUCAUUUGUAUUUUAAAAUUUUCACAUUGUUGAAGGAAAAAAAAAAGACCCUGAAUAGCAUGAUGUUAUUUAUUGAUGGCCCCUUAUCACCAAAACUCAUUCAAGCUAUGAAGUACAAAAAAACAAAAUUUUAAAUCUCUUUCAGAGCAGUAUAUAAAAGUAAACAAAAGUUUUUCUGUCUUUUAAUCACCCAUAGCAAUCAUAAUUAGUCUUAGUGUAUUAUGAUAUUGAUACUGUGCUAUAGCAUAAAAAAGACUUCAUAUUCUUAUUUUCAUAAUAAUCUAAGGACAGUAUAUUUGAAGAUAAACUUCCCAAGUGUAAGAAAAGAGGAUGCUAUGUAAGUGUUAUGAUAAGUUAUUUAUAUUUUUUCUACCGGGUACUAUUAAAUUCCAUUUUGUUUUAAUAAAGUGAAAAGGCCAAUUAUAUGAUUUAAUAGAACCAUUGGGCAUACAUAUGAACAUCUUUAUUUCAAUUGCAUUAAACUAACUUUGUAUUUUGUUUCAAACUGUCAGGGUGUUAUAAAACCAGAUAUUGUAUUUUUCGGAGAAGAAUUGCCCAAGCGUUUUUACUAUUAUUUAAAAGACAUGCUGCAGACAGAUAUGGUCUUAAUCUUGGGAACAUCUUUGGAGGUAAUUCAUUAUUUCUUUUUUAUAUUGUGCACUGAAAAACUGUAUGGUAUUUCUAUUUUUAAAACUUAUUAUUAUGGAUUUUGUGUUUUAAAGAAAUCUUUAAUCAGUGUAAAAAUUAUUUCACUUUAUGCGUUGUGUGUCAUUAUCAGAUUAUUUCUCCAGGUACAGCCAUUUGCUGGUAUAAUUGACACAGUGCGGUGGACAGUACCAAGAGUAUUAUUUAACAGGGCAGCUGUUGGGCCCUUCAAACAUGGAAAAAGAGCAAAAGAUUUUGUUGCUGAAGGUGUUUGAGAUAUUUAAAAUUUAAAUUGAAGUGUUAAAGAAUUAAAAUGUACAAACAGAAACAUACAUUUAAAACAAUACAUUUUGUUAUUCUGAAUUAUUUAUUAGUAUUAUAGGAUUUCAUGCCAUUUUUCCAAAAUUUCCAAGUAUAUUAUUUCAAUUUAAUGUUUGAUUUUCUGUGCUUUUAAAUUUCUGGGCAGUUUUAAAUAUCAAAAUACUUUUUUUUCUAUACAUUUUUAAGUAUUUAAAUUUAAAAAAAAAAUCUUGGACCACAAAGACCAUGGUAUUUAGUGAAUAUUUUUUUAAAAAAUACGAUCUUACUCAAUUCACAUCUCUUUUAUAGGGGACUUGUUGGAGUGUUUACAGAUGUUCGUCCAUAUGACUGGCAUGAAGGAAGAUAUGAUAGAUUUGAUUACGCAGUCUGAAGGAACAUUUAGAUUGGUAAUGGCUUGAGGGAGUUUAUAAUUCUGUAUAAUUUAAUCUAGUCCAAUUGGGUACAUCUUUAAUGUAAAACUAUGUAUUUUUAAUUUUAACAACAAACAUAUCAAUACAGUUACAUAAAUAAAUAUUUGUACCAGUUAACUCUAUCGCUAGUUUUGAAUAAUAAUUGGUGUUUUAUAUAUAUAAUAUAAUAUAUACAUCUCGAUGGAAAAUUAUGGGUUAAAAUAUUGUUUUAUUAAAAAAUAUUUAUUGUAUUUUAACUUUUGAUUAAAAAAUAUCCCAGUUACUCAUCAUCUACCUCAGUACCUUGUGCAGAGUUGGAAAUUUGACCAUGUGUUUUUAUAUUUGUUUUCUAGGCUGCCCCACUCCCACCUGAGCCACAACAGCCCAAACCUAUUAGCAAAGGGCCUGGAACCAAUUCAUCAAAUCCUGUUCUUGCUGCCCUGUGGAGACAAAAUGCGCGUGCUGAUUUAUAUUCUGACUCUGAUUCUAGCGAAUCAUCUCAUUUGUCCGACUCUGAUUCUGACUCUUCGUCCAGUUCAGAAAAACUGCAAGCAGAUAAAUUAAAAAAUGCUAGUAAGAAUGGAAAUGUAAAUUCCUCUAAAGCAGAUAACAAGCAGAUAAAAGGUGGGGCAUUGGCCUCCACCUUAUCCCAGAAUGGAGCAGGGAGUGGCCGUCCACCAAGUGGAAAACCUUUAGGUGGUGGCAACAGAAAUAAUUCCAGCAGCAAUGGUUCGGGACAGAGUCGACAAUUUUCAUCCCUUCUCUCCCGUAGAAGAGACAUUGGUAAACCACCCACGCCAAAUUUCUCCAGAAGACAGGAAAGUUCACCGUCUCAAUCAGAGACAGAGCCAGCAAGAAAAUCAGAGAGCAUAUCACCUGGUAAAGUUGUGAGAAGGAAACCACAAAUUGAAGCAACAUUGAAUGUUCAUAGAAAACCACCACAACCCCCAGGUUCCCAUCCUACCAAACCCAGGUCGAACUCUGUAAACCAGGCUGCUCCAGAGAAGGCACAUUCUUGCAAAAUCAGUGGGUUCAGAGCUGUUAUUGACAGGGUGCGUUCAGCCAAGCCAGCACGGAUGGUCUAUCAACAUAGGCCCAGUCCUAAGCCAGCCUACGAUGCCAGGAUUCUUUCAUACAAUGCUGCCAUUUCCAGCAGCUCUGAAGAUGAUGAGGAUGACCGAGAUGAAAUUGAUGAUGAUUCUUCUUCAGAUGAUUCAAGAUAGAGAAAAAAACUGUGCCAAAAAU